UCACUGAACGACAUAAACUGAUGUUAAUAUUGAUAAUACAAUGAUAUAAAUGAAAUGAUAAAACACUAGUUUUAAUACACGAGUUGUCUCUCUCUAAGCAUAACUGCAUUACUCGUACAUCACUUUCAAGUCAUUUCAGUUUGACUUCAAUUCUUGCUUUAAAUUAUUUUAUUAAAUUGAAAGUCAAUUGAAAAACAAUUGAAUAAAACAGCGAAAUGUCUGUCAAAACAGAUGCCGAUCGACGCAAACAGAUAUCUGUUCGCGGAAUUGCCGACGUUGGAAAUGUAACUGAAAUGAAAAGAUCUUUCAACCGUCACCUACACUACAGUCUAGUUAAGGACAGGAAUGUGUCGACCACUCGGGACUACUAUCAGGCACUGGCACUGGCCGUACGCGACCAUCUCGUCUCCCGAUGGAUAAGAACUCAACAAAAUUAUUAUGAAAAGGAUCCCAAAAGGGUUUACUACUUAUCUCUGGAAUGGUAUGUCGGAAGACAGUUGACAAAUACAAUGAUAAACAUUGAUGUCCAAACUGCUUGCGAUGAAGCACUCUAUCAAUUGGGUCUCGAUAUUGAAGAAUUAGAAGAACUCGAAGAAGAUGCAGGUCUUGGAAAUGGAGGUUUAGGUCGAUUGGCCGCAUGUUUUCUCGAUUCAUUGGCCACUCUUGGAAUUGCUGGCUAUGGUUAUGGCCUGAGAUAUGAAUACGGGAUAUUCUCGCAAAAGAUUGACAAUUGUGAACAAAUUGAAGAGCCGGAUGAAUGGUUGAGAUUUGGAAAUCCAUGGGAAAAGGCCAGACCUGAAUACCUAUUGCCCAUCAAUUUCUAUGGAAAGGUUGAAAACACAGAUAGCGGUUCAAAAUGGGUCGAUCACAGCACUGUCUAUGCUAUGCCUUACGACAGUCCAGUUCCCGGAUUCCGUAAUAAUGUAGUUAACACUAUGAGACUGUGGACAGCAAAGUCAUCGCAAAACUUUCAUUUAAAGUUCUUCAAUAACGGCGAUUAUAUUCAGGCCGUUCUCGAUAGGAAUGUCGCCGAAAACAUAACUCGAGUUUUGUAUCCAAAUGACAACUUCUUUGAAGGCAAAGAAUUGCGUCUAAAACAGGAAUACUUUUUAUGUGCGGCAACUCUUCAAGACAUUAUUCGUCGCUAUAAGUCAUCAAAAUUUGGUUCAAAAGAGUGCGUUAGAAAUUCUUACGACGCUUUUCCUGAUAAAGUUGCAAUACAAUUGAAUGACACCCAUCCGGCUCUAGCCAUACCAGAGUUUAUGAGAAUACUUAUGGACAUUGAAGGGCUUUCUUGGGAUAAGGCCUGGGAUAUAACAACAAAGACAUUUGCUUAUACUAAUCAUACGGUGCUUCCAGAGGCUAACGAGCGUUGGCCCUGCAGUUUGCUUGAAUAUGUAUUGCCGCGACACAUGCAGAUUAUAUAUGAGAUAAAUCAAAGACAUUUGGAUAAUGUGGUCAAACAAUUCCCAAAUAAUAUGGAAAAACUUAAGGCAUUGUCUUUAAUUGAAGAAGAGCCAGAAAAAAGAGUUAAUAUGUCGCACCUGGCGAUUGUUGGAUCGCAUUCAAUMAAUGGCGUGGCAGCCAUUCACUCAGAUAUCAUUAAAAAGGAGACAUUUAAACAUUUUUACGAAAUGUCUCCCGAAAAGUUUCAAAACAAAACUAAUGGAGUGACACCCCGGCGCUGGUUAUAUAUGUGUAACCCGAAUCUCAGUGAUUUGAUUUCAAGCAAAAUAGGCGUCAAUUGGAUCGUCCAUUUGGAUGAAUUACAAAAGUUGAAACCAUUGGUUAAYGAUCCGGCUUUCGUUAGAGCCGUACAAACAGUUAAACAGGAAAACAAGUUAAGACUCGCAGAUCUUAUUUACAAAUUGUUUGACAUUCAAGUGAAUCCGGCGUCCAUUUUUGACGUUCAGGUCAAACGAAUUCAUGAAUAUAAGCGACAACUUCUCAAUUGUCUUCAUAUGAUAAUACUUUACAAUCGCAUCAAACGUGACCCGACGGCGCCAUUUGUUCCGAGGACUAUAAUGGUGGGAGGGAAAGCAGCUCCGGGAUAUCACAUCGCCAAACAAAUAAUUCGAUUGAUUAAUCACGUGGCAUCUGUGGUCAACAAUGAUCCAGUGGUCGGCGAUAAACUUAAGAUCAUAUUCCUCGAGAACUAUAGAGUGUCAUUUGCCGAAAAAAUAAUACCGGCAACUGAUUUGAGUGAACAGAUAUCAACUGCUGGAACAGAGGCUUCGGGUACUGGAAAUAUGAAAUUUAUGAUGAACGGAGCUCUUACUAUCGGUACUCUGGACGGCGCUAAUGUCGAAAUGAGAGAAGAGAUGGGCGAUGAAAACUUCUUCUUAUUUGGUCUUACAGUAGAAGAAGUGGAGGCAUUGAAACAAAAAGGAUAUAACGCUUGGGAUUACUAUAAUAAAAACCCAGAAUUACGAACAGUUAUCGAUCAAAUCAAUACUGGAUUCUUCAAUCCUAAUAAUCCGGAUCUUUUUAAGGAUGUGGUUAAUGUACUCAUGAAUCACGACCGCUUCCUUGUCUUUGCUGAUUUUGAAGAUUAUAUUAAAGUUCAAGAAAAGGUGGCAGAAGUAUAUACAAAUCCAGAGGAGUGGACAAAAAUGACAAUACUUAAUAUCGCCACUUCCGGCAAAUUUUCGAGUGACCGAACCAUUUGUGAUUAUGCGCGUGAAAUAUGGGGAGUAGAGCCCAGUUGGGAAAAACUACCGGCUCCUCAUGAACCACGUGAAGAAAAUGGAAGCACAAAUGUUACACAAGUCAACGGUUCGGGCAAAUCUGCCGCAACCGCAGUCAAUGCAAAACAGAUCAAAGUUUAAGCAAUAAUUAUUGAAUUUUCAGAUUAUUACUAAAAUUUAUUUUAAUUGUUUUAUUAUAAUUACUAAUA